UUCAAUGAGGUCAUAUAAUUUUGGUUUAAAACACAGUUUGUUUCAAGAUGUCGUCCUGCAAAGGCAUGUGACUUUGUCUGGGGAUUACUGAUCACAGUGCCCUCAAUACAGCUGUGCAUCUGCUAAACUGGGGGAUGGUUAAAGUGAAAAUGCAGGCAGCUUGAUGACUGACCGUACUAUUAUUGGAAAGCUAAAUUCACGACUGUCUUUUCAGCCCGGGUGUCAAGAGUUACCUCCCUACUUUAAAAAAAAAAAAAAAGCAUUAAAUGAUAAUACAACCGUAUACAACCGGGGAUCUGUGGACACAGACAUAAACCAACAGAUGUUCAUACCACAGCAGGAUGGGUGGGGAAUGUAGGGAUUAAAACACAGAACAGCUCAAAUGAUUUAGCAGUGAUUUGUUUUGUUGAAAAGUGUGUUCAGUGUGAUUUGAUUUCACGUUGAAUGCUACAGCAGGCCCGAAGAGAAAGAAAAAGAAACGGGUGAAAACAGGUGUUUGUCUGCAAGGAAAUAAGAGGAACACAUCCUGAGCUGGCAUGAAGCUGAGGACAGUGGCUGGUGGUCAGAUGGCUGCAGAAGUACUGGAACCAGAGCAUGAGGAAGGAACCGAGUCAAGUCAUCAUGAGAACUCGCCUCCUGAGCUCACGCACCACCAGGGCCAUAACUACGAGCAUAUAAGGGACAAGUUCCUGAAUGAAAUCACCCAUCUACCAAUUCCCAUGUGGGCAGUAGGGGGCAUUGUUGUGGUGGUCCUGGUCUUGGUGGCAUGCGUCAUCAUCUGUAUGAUCAAAAAAUGUUUUGGGAAAAAGAAAAAGCCCAAGAAGGUGAGGGAAAGUAAAACUGGAAGGCGCAAAAAGAGAAAAGAUGACGAAGGCGAAACUGGAGAGAAGGAGGGCGCAGUGAAAAAUGAGGCAGGGGAAGAUGAAGAGAAAGAGCAGGAGAAGUUAGGAAAGCUGGAGUUCUCCUUGGACUACAACUUCACUGACACCCAGCUCAUAGUGGGCAUCCUUCAGGCCCAGGACCUGGCUGCUAUGGACAUGGGGGGAACAUCAGACCCUUACGUGAAGCUGUUUUUGUUGCCAGACAAAAAGAAGAAGUUUGAGACUAAGGUCCAACGUAAGAAUCUAUGCCCAGUUUUCAAUGAGACCUUCAUUUUUAAGAUUCCAUAUUCGGAGUUGGGUGGAAAGACGUUAGUGCUGCAGGUUUUUGACUUUGACCGCUUUUCCAAGCAUGAUAUGAUUGGUGAAAUAAAGAUUCCGAUGAACAGCGUUGACUUGGGUCAGCCACUGCAACAAUGGAGAGAUCUGGAAAGUGGAGAGAAAGAAGAGCAAGAGAAACUGGGUGAUAUCUGCAUUUCUCUGAGGUAUGUUCCCACUGCUGGCAAACUGACUGUGAACAUCAUGGAAGCAAAAAAUCUCAAGAAAAUGGAUGUGGGCGGCCUUUCAGACCCAUAUGUUAAGAUUAUUCUACAGCAAAACGGAAAACGCAUUAAGAAGAAAAAGACAACUGUCAAGAAAAACACACUCAACCCCUACUUUAAUGAGAGCUUCAGCUUUGACGUUCCUUUUGAGCAGAUUCAAAAAGUUCAGGUGGUGAUCACGGUGUUUGACUAUGACAAACUUGGAAGCAACGACCCCAUUGGAAAGACGUUCAUGGGUUACGGAGCCACAGGUGUUGGUCUGCGCCACUGGUCCGACAUGUUGGCCAAUCCCAGACGCCCAGUAGCCCAGUGGCACACUCUGCUGCCGGAGGAGGAAGUUGAUGCGGCGGUGAAAGCAAAACCUCGUUAGGCUCUCACUCUGUUUUCUCGACCCCCAUGUAUUUUCAUGAUUUCCCCUGAUUUAACAUACAUUGUAGUAGUAGUGUUGCUGUGACGUACUGAAUUGAUUUGUUUUGUCUGUUCAUAUAAUUGAUUGGUACAUAUAUAAAACCUUGAUCACCCACUAUGUAUGAUAAGUUCUUUAGUCAUCCCAAAGUAGCGGUAGCACAGCAGCAAAUACAUCACAAAUUAUAAGAAAGAAAAAGUAUAGCAUAGUUCUAUAGCAGUACAAAUAUUGGAUACCGUAACCGUUGCUGCCUGGCCUUUUUGGCAGUUUGUCAUUAGCAAAUCAGUGGCUAAUGCUAGUAGCUAGUACCAUCCUAAACUUG